CGCCGCCGCCAGCGCCAGUCGGCACUCGGCCUCCGACUGCUCACCUCGUGUCUCGUAUUUCAUCGCGAGUCUCUUUACACGAUGUUUACACUCUGCCUAUCCAUCCGACAAAAAGACGACAGAAAGCGAUAGUGUUCUAUAAAGUGAAGGUUUGUAUUGUGAACAGUGGACUCGAUAUAGUUUUUUUUUACAAAGUUUAUUUCAAAAACAAACCGUGCAAAGUGCAACGCCCUGAAUAAGGGGUAGCGAUGACGUUCUCUGGAAGCAUGAAGGAGAGUAAACCGCGUAACGUAAAAGACACCUGGGAAUCAGAGCUGGGUUAUGGGUGGUCCCGAAAUGGUCAGCGUCGGUGCCGCUCGCAUCGGCCGCCGGAAUCGACAAUGUCGGUGAGCAGUGACAUCAGAUUCACACGGCGUAAGCUCAGCCGGUCCUGUCGAGGAUGCUGUGCGGCUUUAGCAGCCCUCCUCGUGUUGCUACUGCUCGCCGCUGUCGCAGUCUACCUCGGCCAUAUGUAUCUAUUUGGAGAUCCAUUAAAUCGGCAAACAUUUCGUGGUUCAUUCGUGGCUACGUCAUGGGGCACACAAGAUCAAGUAAUCCCUGAAGCUAAGGAUAACGUCACACGAGAGGGCGAACUGAGACAAGCCAUCUUUGACUCUUAUACAAAAUCAGAGUUACGAUCUUGCUUUGUUGCCGCUGAUAUACUCGCAUUAGACAACGCAGAGAAAGGAACACGAGUGCACUUCGAAGUGUCGUUUGAACCUAUCUUUACCGCAGUGAGCACAGCAGACGUGACCGCGGUAAUGACGCGAGAGCUCCUGUCCCCAUAUUUUCAAACUUUAGGAGUACUUCCAGCAACACUACAUAUAGAGGAAAGUUCGGUGAUUUCUUCACAAGCUUUAAAAGAAGGCGAUGCACCAAAUACGGAAGUUCCCACCACCGAAAUCGUUACUUUCGAAAUCGAAGAGGAUCUGCGAGAGUGUUCUCCAUUGACUUUGACACUUUGUUCAUACCUACCCUACAACAUAACCACUUACCCCAACUUAGUUGGACACAAUUCCAAAGAAGUCUUACUGCGUGAUCUCGUCGCGUUCAGGGAGCUAUUGGAUGCGGAAUGUUCUCAUCUAGCACAAGAUUUCGUAUGUCAAAUGUUACAACCUCGGUGCGAGGGUGACAGGCUCGUCCGUCCGUGUCGCUCGUACUGUCGCGCCUUCCACGCGGGCUGCGGUGCGCGUUUACCAGACCGCCUGCGACCACACUUUGACUGCGCACGUUUCCCUGAAUACUUCGGUCCCGGCUCUUGUUCCCCAGAACCAGAUUGCAUGGGCAGCUUGCAACGACUUGCAUUAUCGAGGCGCGCAUGUGACGCCGUGCCCGACUGUGCGGACGCGUCCGACGAGCGUAGCUGCUCGCACUGCGCGGCGGCGGGUCCCGGCGCACUGCGGUGUGCCCUGCUGCCACGCUGCGUGCCCGCACAUUUGCGCUGUGACGGCACGCCCGACUGUGCAGACGGCAGCGACGAAAAUGGCUGCUUGUGGAUAUCUCGUUCCCUGGCCACUUGGAGGAGGGAAACCAGUGAGACGACAAUGGGUGCGGUGCGCAGCCGCGCCGGUUACGCGGUGUGGGCGGAGCGCGGGCGUGCGGGCAAGAUAUGUGCGGCGCCGUAUGAAGCCGACCGACGCGCGCUUAUGAACGUCGCCACGUCUCUGUGUACUGCGCUCACAUUUAAGUCUGCUAUAUCAGCAGAAGCUGUACCUGAUUUGGAAGAGGAAAUCAAUGAAGAUACCACUGAAUCAACUAUAAAAGAUAAAUAUCGAAAAGAACCCGCUGAAUAUGUAGAGAUCGUUGACCCCUCGGCGCUGGAAAUUUCAUUCAUAAAAAGUGAAUGUCCGCAGCGAAGAGUUAUUAAAAUAAUCUGUGAUCACUUAGAAUGCGGCCUUGCAUCAGCUCGCGGCGCACAAGUGGCGCUGGGAGUGGAAGGGUUACCGCGGUCGGCGCGGCCGGGCGACUGGCCGUGGCACGCGGCGCUAAUUCGCUCCCACGUACACGCCUGCGACGCCGUGCUCGUGCACCCAUCAUGGCUUAUCACUACAGCAUCAUGUUUCCAAGGUCAACCGAAAGCUGAAUGGACUGCGAGAUUAGGUACAGUACGAAUUCAAAGCACAACUCCUUGGCAGCAAGAACAGCGCAUUGUCGGUAUGGUACGCUCUCCAGUUGAAGGAAGCAUGCUAGCAAUGGUUCGAUUGGAGGAACCUGUGGAAAUGACAGACUUUGUCCGACCAGCCUGUCUUCCGGAAGAUGGUUUUAAAAUGGACGAGAAUAGUGUCUGUAAUACUCUUGGUUGGACGAGAAACAGAGAUCAGUUACAAAGGGUGCAUGUUGUGCCAACCUCUAUGAAUACCUGUGAAAAUGUUAGCAUAGCUACUGGAAACGGAAUAUGUGCCGAACCAUUAUAUGACCAAGAUGAUUGUGAUGAAGAAGAAUAUGCAGGAAGUUCAAUGAUGUGCUUUGAUGAUAAGUCGAAACGCUGGUCCUUAAUAGGUGUAACUGGAUGGCGUAUUGCUUGCUCAAAAAUUGGACUAGGUCGUCCAAGAAUAUAUGAUGCAGUUACCUCACAUAUUGAUUGGAUUCGAAGGACUAUUUCUAAUUCGUCAAGGUGACCUUAUCCUAGAGAUCUUUAAAAAGACUGCAGAAAGAUGUAUAAUUUCAGUAGUACAUAUGUCCAUAUAGUUAAUAAACAUUGUUAAGUUUUUUUUCUAUAAACGUAAUUUUUAUAUGAUUAGAAUAGUCUCUUUGUUUUAUAAAAGAAAAAAAUUUAAAAAACCGUUUAGCUUAAGUUUUAGCAAAAAACUGCUAGCCUCCUGAAAAAUGCCAUUAAAUAUUACUUCAUUUUAUUUAUAAGUGAAAUUAUUAUGUUACAUUGUGUUAAUUACAUAAUAAAAUCUGUAAUAAUAUUAUAACAUAACUUCCUUCUAUCUAACGAUUGACUUGUCUGACUUAGAUUAUAGUGUAUUUAUAUAUAUUUUGUAA